AUGGAUGAUAUUGAUGAUAAGGAUGAUGAUGAUGGUGAUCCGGAAGAUGAUGAAAACGAUUUGAGUGAUAGUUCGGACGAUUACCAUAGUGACGAUGAUUAUUCUGGAAAAGAAAAUGAUGAUCAUGAUCAUGAUGAUCAUGAAGAUGAAGAUGAUCAUGAGCAAGAUGAAGAAGAAGAUGAUAAUGAUGAUAAUUAUGAUGGUGAUGAUGAUGAUGAGGAUGAUGAGGAUGAGGAUGAUGAUGAUGAUGAUGAUGAUGAUGAUGAUGAUGAUGAUGAUGAUGAUGAUGAUGAUGAUGAUGAUGAUGAUGAUGAUGAUGAUGAUGAUGAUGAUGAUGAUGGUGAUGAUGAUGAUGAUGAUGAUGAUGAUGAUGAUGAUGAUGAUGAUGAUGAUGUUGAGGAUGAUGAUGAUGAUGAUGAUGAUGAUGAUGAUGAUGAUGAUGAUGAUGAUGAUGAUGAUGAUGAUGAUGAUGGUCAUGAUGAAGAUGACGUUGAUGAUGAUGAUGAUGGUGAUGUUGAUGAUGAUGAUGAUGAUGAUGAUGAUGAUGAUGGUGAUGAUGAUGAUGAUGAUGGUGAUGAUGAUGAUGAUGUUGAUGAUGAUAGUGAUACUGAUGAUGAUGAUGAUGAUGAUGCCGAUGAAAAUUACUAUGAUUUUGAUGAUGAUCAUGAUGUUGAUGGUGGUUAUGUUGAUGAUUAUAUAGUGAUCACGAUGAUGACGAUGAUAAUAUUAAUGAUAAUGAUAAAGACGCUGAUGAUUAUGAUUAUAAUGAUGAUGGUGAUAUUACUGAUGAUGUUGAUGAUGUUGUUGUAUGAUUCGGAUGGUUAUGAUGAUCGAGGUGAUGAUUCGAAUGUUGAAUAUGACGAUUGUGAACUUGACGAUUAUGAUCAUAAUGCUGAAAGUUAUGAUGAUGAUGUGGAUAUGAUCAUGAUGAUGUUGGUGAUCGUGAUGAUGAUGAUGAAACUGAUAAUGUUCAUGAUGGGGUGGAAAUGA